AUGUUAUUGUUCCGGUGUGGGCGGGAUAUAGCGCCUGUCCUGCUCUGUGAUUGGUCCAGUUUCAGCCCUGUUUCUGCGCCGUGGGUUCACAUUUCAAGAGUGAUGUCCCAGCAGGAGCAGGUCGUGCACAGGGCUCGCUCUGCAUUCAGAUCUGGGAAAACCCGUUCUCUGGACUUCAGGAAACUGCAGCUGAAAAACCUGCUCAGGUUUCUGACUGAGAGAAGUACCGAGAUCGCAGAGGCCCUGAAGAAAGACCUGGGCAAGAGUGAGCUGGCCACAGAGCUCUUCGAAGUUCUGGGCAGUGAGGGGGAGGUUCUCUUGGCCCUGGAGCAGCUGGACACUUGGGCGGCUCCUCGUCCUGUGGAGAAGACCCUCCUGACAUUCCGGGACCAGGUCUACGUCCAGCCUCAGCCUCUGGGCCUGGUCCUCAUCAUCGGGGCCUGGAACUACCCCUGGGCUGUGACUCUGCAGCCGCUGGUGGGGGCCAUCGCUGCAGGGAAUGCUGCCGUCAUUAAACCGUCAGAGGUCAGCUCUCACUCGGCCAAAGCCAUGGAGGAGCUUCUGCCCCUGUACCUCGACCAGGAGCUGUACCCUGUGGUGUGUGGGGGAGUGUCUGAGACCCAGGACUUGCUGAGACUGCGUUGGGACCACAUCUUCUACACGGGCAGCAGCUCUGUGGGACGACUGGUGAUGGAGGCGGCAGCAGCUCACCUCACCCCCGUCACCCUGGAGCUGGGGGGCAAGAGCCCCUGCUACGUCCACCACGACUGCAACCUCAGGGUGGCAGCACGGAGAAUCACGUGGGGGAAGUUUGUGAACUGUGGUCAGACCUGCAUUGCUCCAGACUACGUCCUGUGUGACCCCAGUAUCCAGAACCAGCUGCUGCAGGAGAUACAGAGGUGCAUCAGGGAGUUCUACACAGAGGAUCCUCAGAGUUUCCAGGAUUACGGCCGCAUCAUAAACCAGAGACACUUCCAGAGGAUCAGAGCAAUGAUGGAGGCGGACACUGUGGCUGUGGGCGGAGACUGUGACCAGGAAGACUGCUACAUCAGUCCCACGGUUCUACAGGACGUGUCUCCGGACUCUAAGCUGAUGCAGGAGGAGAUCUUUGGUCCGGUUCUGCCCAUCGUCCCGGUCCCAGGACUAGACCAGGCCAUUCAGUUCAUCAAUGACCGAGAGAAACCUCUGGUGCUCUAUGUGUUCACUGAGGACCAGAAGGUCCUCCAGAGGAUGCUGGCAGAGACCUCCAGUGGAGCUCUUGUGUCCAAUGACUGUCUGGUUCACUUCACAGUGUCUGAGCUGCCGUUUGGUGGAGUGGGCCACAGUGGGACCGGUUCGUACAAGGGCAGACACACGUUCGAGCGCCUCAGUCACCUCCGCAGUGUGUUGCUCAAGAGCCUGAGUCUGGAGGCAGUGAACAGCAUGAGAUACCCACCUCACUCACAGAGCAAGUUGCGCUGGGCCCGGCUCCUCCUGCUCACCCUCACCCUCAGGAGGCUCCGCGCGGUCACUGCCGCUACCAUGGUCCUGGGACUGGCUGCCUUCAUCAUACAGAGGUUCCUGGUUCGAUCGUCCUAG